AUGGUGGUUCUCAAAAUUCGAGACCAGCCUGCUUUGCUGAAAGCUAUUUUUAACGUCGACCCAGAUGAAGUACGCUCCCUCAUAUUCAAAAAAGAGGAUGUGAAUGCACAGGACAAUGAGAAGAGGACUCCGCUGCAUGCUGCUGCCUACCUUGGAGAUGCAGAAAUCAUAGAGUUGCUGAUUCUUUCAGGUGCAAGAGUGAAUGCCAAAGACAACAAGUGGCUGACUCCGCUGCACCGGGCCGUGGCCUCCUGCAGCGAGGAUGCUGUCCAAGUGUUGCUGAAACACUCGGCAGAUGUGAACGCCAGAGACAAGAACUGGCAGACGCCGCUUCACAUCGCGGCAGCCAACAAGGCCGUGCGCUGCGCCGAGGCCCUCGUUCCCCUACUCAGCAAUGUGAAUGUAUCGGACCGAGCCGGCCGCACGGCGCUGCACCACGCAGCCUUCAGCGGCCACCUGGAGAUGGUGAGGCUCCUGCUCUCCAGAGGCGCUAACAUCAAUGCUUUUGACAAAAAGGACCGCCGUGCGAUCCACUGGGCGGCCUACAUGGGGCACAUAGAAGUGGUGAAGCUGCUGGCAUCGCACGGUGCGGAGGUGGCCUGCAAAGAUAAGAAAUCUUACAGCCCUUUGCACGCGGCAGCCUCCAGUGGCAUGAUUAGCGUCGUGAAAUACCUCCUGGACUUGGGGGUGGAUGUGAGUUCCACCCACAGCACCUGCUUAUCAUCAUCAGCGGCCCGCAGACAUGGCUGGCUCUUCUCACACAGCCGGGCGAUCAACGAGCCAAACGCCUACGGCAACACGCCCCUCCACGUGGCCUGCUACAACGGGCAGGACGUGGUGGUCAACGAGCUCAUAGAGUGCGGGGCGAACGUCAACCAGGUGAAUGAGAAGGGCUUCGCUCCGCUCCACUUCACGGCCGCCUCGCGCCACGGCGCGCUCUGUCUGGAGCUGCUGGUGUGCAACGGGGCAGAUGUUAACAUCAAGAGCAAAGAUGGUAAGACUCCUCUCCACAUGACGGCCAUCCACGGGAGGUUCUCUAGGUCUCAAGCAAUUAUUGAAAACGGUGCCGAGAUCGACUGCGAAGACAAGAACGGAAACACGCCCCUGCACAUCGCAGCUCGAUAUGGACACGAGCUCCUCAUCAACACCCUCAUCACAAACAGAGCUGACACUGCUAAACGAGGCAUUCACGGCAUGUUUCCGCUGCAUCUGGCGGCGCUCAGCGGCUUCUCCGACUGCUGCCGAAAGCUCCUGUCCUCAGGCUUCGAUAUCGAUACUCCCGAUGACUUUGGAAGGACGUGUUUACAUGCUGCCGCAGCUGGAGGAAACCUCGAAUGUCUCAAUCUUCUCCUCAACACCGGGGCAGACUUUAACAGAAAAGACAGCUUUGGCAGGACUCCUCUACACUACGCCGCAGCCAACUGUAACUACCAGUGUCUGUUUGCUCUGGUGGGCUCUGGGGCCAGCGUCAACGACGUGGACGAGCGGGGCUGCACACCCCUCCACUACGCCGCCGCGGCCGACACGGAUGGAACGUGCCUGGAAUAUUUACUGAGAAAUGAUGCAAAUCCAGGGAUCCGGGACAAUCAGGGCUACAACGCUGUGCAUUAUGCCUCUGCAUACGGACACCGCCUCUGUCUGGAGCUGAUUGCAAGUGAAACGCCCUUAGAUGUGCUAAUGGAAACCUCAGGGACAGACAUCCUGAAUGACUCUGAUGUCAGAGCUCCUGUCAGCCCGCUGCACCUUGCUGCAUACCACGGUCAUCAUCAAGCCAUGGAAGUUCUUGUGCAGUCUCUGCUGGAUUUGGAUGUUAGAAACAGCCAAGGGCGCACACCUCUGGACUUGGCUGCCUUCAAGGGUCACGUGGAGUGUGUGGACGUCCUCAUCAACCAGGGAGCCUCCAUCCUGGUGAAAGAUUUCACCCUGAAGCGAACCCCAAUACACGCUGCAGCCACCAACGGUCACUCAGAGUGUCUGCGGUUGCUGAUCGGAAACGCUGAUCUUCAAAGUGCAGUGGACAUUCAGGACGGGAAUGGACAAACCCCUCUGAUGCUGUCAGUCCUGAGUGGACACACAGAUUGUGUGUAUUCUCUCCUUAAUAAGGGAGCCAACGUCGAAGCCAAAGACAAGUGGGGCCGGACAGCCUUGCACAGAGGAGCAGUGACCGGUCACGAGGAAUGUGUGGAGGCUUUACUUCAGCACAGCGCCAACUUCCUGGUGCGAGACUGUAAAGGCCGCACGCCAAUCCACCUGGCAGCAGCAUGUGGACACAUAGGGGUACUGGGAGGCCUUCUGCAUGCUGCCCAAUCAGUGGAAACACUCCCUGCCUUAACAGACAACCAAGGCUACACUCCACUGCACUGGGCCUGCUACAAUGGUCACGAUACGUGCGUGGAGGUUUUGCUGGAACAGGAGGUUUUUCACAAGGCCGAGGGCAAUUCUUUCAGCCCCCUCCACUGUGCUGUAAUCCAUGACAACGAGGGCGCUGCUGAAAUGCUGAUCGACACUCUGGGCCCCGCCAUUGUCAACGCCAAAGACGGCAAGGACAGGACCCCGCUGCAUGCGGCGGCAUUCACCGACCACGUGGAGUGUCUCCAGCUCCUGCUGAGCCACAACGCCCAGGUCAACGGCGUGGACGCCGCGGGGAAGACGCCGCUCAUGAUGGCCGCCGCCAACGGCCAGACCAACGCCGUCGAGCUGCUGGUGAGCAGUGCGAAAGCAGACCUCACCCUGCAGGACGCCGUGAAGAACACUGCCCUCCAUCUGGCCUGCAGUAAGGGACACGAAACAAGUGCCUUGUUGGUAUUGGAGAAGAUCUCAGACAGAAACCUCAUAAACGCCACAAACGCCGCCUUACAGACGCCUCUACAUGUGGCUGCAAGAAACGGCCUGACUGUGGUGGUGCAGGAGCUUCUGGCCAAGGGAGCCAGCGUCCUCGCUGUCGAUGAAAAUGGUUACACACCCGCCUUGGCCUGUGCCCCCAACAAAGAUGUGGCAGACUGCCUAGCCCUUAUCCUGGCCACCAUGAUGCCUGUGUCCCCCUGCACCCCGGCACCCGCCCUCCCUUUCAGUGCCAUUAACCACUACACCACUAGCCCCUCCAAAAGUGUCACCUUCGACAGCCUGCCGGCGCUCCGCGGCGAGCACAGCUCCUACUGCAGCUUCAACAACAUCAGCCACCACGACGGCUUCUACAAAGAUGAAGAGCUCAAUGACUCUGAUUCCGAGACGUACUGA